GUAAUACUUACCUUUUCCUCUACAAGUACACAAAAAACCCAUUUUUUUAUAUACAAUGAAAUUCACUGGUACUAUUCUUUUUGUGUCCGCUGCCUAUCUUGCUUCUCUUGUAUCUGCAGAGCCAAUUGUAUCUAUUACCUCUCCUUUGAUCAAUACCCGUUACAAGGCAGGUUCUGAAGCUAUCAUUUCUUGGAUCAAUCCUAGUGUUGCCACUAUUCCCCAGAUUGUUUUAGCCAAGGGUAAAUCAAAUGCCCUUCAACCUCUUCAUGUAAUUGCUACCAACGUCAAUGCUCAAGACAUGAAGUACGUCUGGAAGAUCCCCUUUGAGAUUGACAAUGCUGAUGAUUAUGCUUUCGAACUCGGAAAUUCACCUGAUCUUGCCUUUGCUGGUCCUUUCACCAUUGAAGGUGGUGUUGGUGGUAACCCUGCUAGCUCUUCCAACACAACGGUGGGUACAGCAAACUCUGUUCCUGCAGCUGCUCCUGCUUCACCCGCUACUGGUGGUGGAAGUGCACCAGCCAACAACGCUGCUGCUCCCGCUUCAGCUGCCUCCACCGCUGGUACCAGCUCAACUUCUCACAGUGCCAGUGCCUCCCAUGCUGCUUCAGCGGCUACCAAGGAACAAGCCGGUCAAGCUGUUGCUGCCAUUGGUUUGGUUGCUGCUUUCGCUUCUCAAUUCUUCUAAUUAAUUUUUCUCUUCUUACUACCACUAUUAUUCCCCUCCCCCCCCCCCUUUUUUUUUCUUACACACAAUUAUUUACUGUACUCCGUACUCAACCUUUUAUAGUACUAUUUUCUC